UCCUAUUUGAGUGGACACAAAGAAGAGACGGCCAAUAAGACCAUGGUGGAGACAAAGGUGAAAACGUCGGCGAAAACGCCGGUGAAAACGCCGGUGAAAACGCCGGUGAAAAAGCCGGUGAAAAAGCCGGUGAAAAAGUCUGUCAAAGCAGGCACCGUCCGCUAUGGUAAACGCAGGAGGGUAAUUGAGAAGCCAAAGACCUUCAUUGAGAAACCCAUUGGUGGUGAAAAGAAUGGGGGAACCCGUAUGGUUCGUGUGAAGAAACUUCCUGCUUACUAUGCCACUCAGUUGAACCCCAAGAAGAGGACCAAGCACACUAAGAGCAGAUUCAGGCCUCUACGUUCUUCCAUUACUCCUGGAACAGUUUGCAUCCUUCUGGCAGGCAUCCACAAGGGCAAGAAAGUAGUUUUCCUGAAACAACUUGCUGGUGGCCUGUGUCUAGUUACUGGUCCCUUCAAGAUCAACGCUUGUCCCUUGAGACGUGUUAAUCAAAUUUAUCUAAUUGCCACUGCUACAAAGAUUGAUAUUAGCGGAUUUGGCAUCCCCAAGCACCUUACCGAUCAGUACUUCCGCCGGGUUAAGGCAAAGCGUGCAAAGAAGGAAGAAGGAGACAUCUUUGAGCAGAAGCAGGAGAAAUAUGUUCCAUCCCAGCAGCGCAAGAGGGAUCAGGCUGUUGUUGAUGGUAUGAUUAUGUCUGUCAUCAAGAAGAGGGAGGAUAAGAAAAUGCUCUUUGGUUAUCUGGGCACUCCAUUUGGCCUCAGGAAUAAAAUGUACCCUCAUAGACUGACAUUCUAAAUAAAUGAGAUGACUGUG